CGUACAAGCUGAAAGAGAGAGAGAGAAUCACCGAGACACAAACAAGCCCUAAACGAUAAAAGAGGCGCCUCAAGCCACGUGAGGAAGGCACACCAGCAGCAAGUAGCGGCAGGCAGCAACGCAGGAAGAGGCCUCCGCCAGAGGAAACCGUGCUCCGGGAGCGCAGCGUACUCGCACGCGCGUACAUAUACAGCGUACAGACAGGCGAGCGCGCCAAGGCGAGGGAUAUCCUCCAGCGACCUUGGCAGAAAGGCACCCUACCGAGCGCGGGGUGCUCGCCGGACUUGACCGGUCGGUCGCGCGGACCAUCCAUCCGGAGAGCAGGCGGCCGAUGCCAGAGGCUACAGGUCGCGCUCGACGCCGAAAGCAGGACUGCUCGCGCGCGCCGCCCAAGAAGAUGCCGCGAAGUUUGGAUGUGGACCACUCGGCCGGAUCCACGCCCGACGCAACGAGGUGACGACUGUAGUCCGUGUUACAGAUAAACUAGAGGUCGCUCGGUCACGAGUGGAUUUUAACGUGGACGAAAGAAAACGCUCGCUAUGACCCGUGCUGUCUUCCUGGCCGUCUUCGUGUUAUGUGGACUCGUCGCGUGUGGACAUUGUGCGUUUGGGUACGUGUGGAACCAAUCGGAGAACGAGCCGACGUACACGCAUGAACGCUUUGGACGAGAUGGCAGAACGGAAGAUGACCCGGAGCAAUUGGAGCACCGCGUCGAGAUUGUUUCCAGCUGGCCGAAAGAACCACCGGAAGAUCGGGCCCCGACGACUCUGGACCAGCCGGAGCAAGCAAAUUACGCUCGUGCUCCAAGCCGCACCACCACUGUCAACAGCCACCGGCAGGCUCCAAUCACAGAAAGCCACAUCGUCGCCAGGUUUGUCGACAAGCUGCAGCGAUCUCUAGAGCGUUCAACGCAGUUCACAAGCCGCGCCGACUACCACGCCUGUCUGAUGCCCAACGGAAGCAAGGGCUGCUGCACGCCCGUCAGACUGUGCGUGUUGCCCGUGUUCCUAGACAGUCUGGAAGUGUUCCUAAAGUACACGUGUGCCAUUGACAAUGACCACAUCGGCGUGUGCUGUCCCACCGAGUUCGUUCCGAACACGAACAUACCUCGGCGACCCGACGGCACCUUCGUCAUCGCCACCGUCCUAAGUCCCAGUCCUCCGCGACCGACCAAGAACACGACAGUUCGCGUCACCCCGACGCCUGGCUCGCGGCCUGUGCCUCCUGUGGUGCGCGACGAACCGCGGUAUCCCGUCGAUUCAGGUCACGGCGGGGGCAACCAUCUGCAUCAAACAAUUUUCUUGCGGCGAAAGAGGCAUGUGCCACCAACACGCGACAACGGGGGCAGGCCCAGCAGCAAUCCCGGUACCAAGCCGAGCGGCUAUCCCAGUUCAAAGCCUGGCGAGUACCCAGAAAGCAAGCCGAGCGACUACCCUGCUAGCCGGCCGAGCGACUACCCUGCUAGCCGGCCGAGUGACUACCCCGGCACCAAGCCGAGUGGCUAUCCGGGCAGCAGGCCGAGCGACUCUUCCGGCAACAGGCCGGGCAGCGGCUACCCGAGCAACAAGCCGAGCGAUUCCUCGGGCAACAGGCCGGGCGGCUACCCAAGCAACACGCCAAGCAACUCCGCGGGCAACAAGCCGAGUGGCUCCCCGAGCAACAGGCCGAGCAGCCGUCCCAGUAGCAAGCCGCAGGAUGGCACCAACACUCACCGCGCCACAACGAGCCGGCCUGCGGGCAGGCCGGGCACAGACGCGCACUCGCACAUGAAAAGAAACCCGACAAAGCCAGUGCCCCCAGAACUGGAGGAACUGAGACCGACGUGCGGAAUUCCUGUGCUACACAAGAGAAUCAUCGGCGGCAACGAAGCCAAUCCCAACAAAUGGGCGUGGAUGGCUGCCCUCCUGAGAAGCGACACCGGCGAGCAUUACUGCGGUGGAGCCCUCAUCAGCAAAAGAUACGUCAUAACGGCAGCUCACUGCACAGAAGGGCUCAAAGCCGCCAACAUAACUGUCCGGUUGGGUGCCCACAACAUUCAAGAGCCAUCUGAAAACGUAAAAGACAUUGAGGUGUCCCGCAUUCGGGAGCACCCUGGCUUCCAAAAGGACACGUUCAUGAACGACAUCUCUGUACUGAGGCUCAAGCGCCCCGUCACGUUCAACGAGUACAUCCGGCCUGUUUGUCUACCCGAGCGUGGCGACGAAAGUUACUUUGGAAAGACCGCCAUCGCCACCGGCUGGGGGACGCAGACUUUCGGCGGACCUUACAGCGAGGUUCUACGUGAAGUCAAGCUCGUAAUAUGGAACAACACCGAAUGCGACAACCGGUUCAUCCAACCGAUCACGGAGGUGUUUCUCUGCGCUGGACCGAAGAGAAGGGAAGGUGAUUCUUGUCAGGUGAGGAGAAAACUAACAGAACUGAUUACAAAAAAAUUUACUUUUUGUAAAAGCCGUGAUAAUGUUGAGUGUAUGCCAUCAAGUAUUCGUUUCUAUAUUGUGAUAUCUAUGGAGAUGUGCAACGGCUACUUCAGGGAGCAGUGCCACUGCAGCCCUUUCUUGACCCCUUCGGGCGGCGGACGAGCUGUUGUAACCGGCUACGCAAAGACCCGGCCUGCAAGAGACUCUCAUCGGCACAUCUGCCAUACGUGGUCUGCGUUCUCCAAGAAAGCAAGAGACUCCAUGUGCAUUGCAGGGAACGCGCAUCGGGGUUGCUGCAAUACGCAGUCGGCGUCCAGGGAAAAGGCUUGA